AUGGCCACUACAUCCAGCAACCACCUCUUGGAAAUCAUCCCGAAUCGAAUCGAUGUUCGGGAAGAAGCUAGGCUAUACGAUGAGCUAUGCGAGGACGACGAUUCAGAUGGAGGCACACCCACCGGUCCCAGAGGGAGUAGAUCAAGUUCCCCCGACGUGGCACCUUCGCUAUUCUCUAGGGAGUCAAUAUGGCUACAAGAUCACUCCGGCGAAAGUGCCGCUUUCGCCCAAGAUGUAGAGAUAUCAGGUUGGACUAGUGUGGGCGACAGGAAGGGCGGAGCUUAUGUUGUAUACGAUUGCUCCAUCAAGACGAAGGAGGGGACGGUAAUCCAUGCGCACAAACGUUACAGCGCUUUCGAAGAACUUGAGACGGCGCUACGGCUUUCACUUCCGCGGAAUUUACAAGCGUCCGUGCCUGAUCUGCCCCCGAAGGCGCCGCUGUCCAAGUAUCGACCGGUGUUUCUAGAGCGUCGGCGGCAGCUUCUGCAGCAUUGGCUUUCUUCUGUUCUACUCCACCCUGAGAUUGGAGCCUGCAAAGCUGUUCGUCUGUGGGUCAUGGAUUAG